GAUACAAACAUAUUUCGUAUUGAUGUUUGUAUUGUCGCCGCGCCGCUGUUGCUGCUGACCGUCCGUUACAUUUUAGUCGCCGCCGCGAUAGCGACGCCGCGUGUUGUCGCCGCGUUUUCGCCGACCUCAAAACAAAAAAACGCAAAAAAAGACACAAAACUAAAAUAUACAUAUAUAUACAAAACUCACACACACAUUUUGUGUUGUAUAACGGACGCGUGUGCAUUGAAUUUAAAGCAUCUUCAAAUUUGCACGCAUUUCCUUUUGGGCAACAUGAAGCGUCUGAUGACCUGGGAGCGCGAUCUUGUCGAUGCGAUGUACGAGUAUCGGCAGACACGUUUUAGCUCGCGACGUGUGCGUAAACGUGUCGUCUUCAAGCAUGGCGAGUGCAACGUGGUGCAAGGCAACGUGGCCAAGAGACGUCGCCGCUAUUUGCAGGACAUCUUCACCACACUCGUGGACGCACAGUGGCGCUGGACGCUGCUGGUGUUUGCGGCCAGUUUUGUCAUCUCCUGGGCCUUCUUCGGGUUCAUCUGGUGGACGAUUGCCUUUGCCCACAACGAUCUGGAGUACAUACAUCUGCGCAAUACGCAACCGGAGCUGAUUGUCAAUAUGACGCACACGGUUUGCGUGACGGAGGUGAAGGGCAUAAUGACGGCCUUUCUAUACUCUGUGGAGACGCAAACGACCAUCGGCUAUGGCAAUCGCUAUGUGACCGAGGAGUGCCCGGAGGCGAUAUUCACCAUGUGCAUCCAGUGCAUCACGGGCGUCUUCAUACAGGCCUUCAUGGUGGGCAUUGUGUUUGCCAAGCUGUCGCGUCCCAAGAAACGCGCCCAGACGCUGCUCUUCUCGAGGAAUGCGGUCAUCUGUCACAGGGAUGGGACGCCAUGUCUGAUGUUCCGAGUGGGUGACAUGCGCAAAUCCCACAUAAUUGAGGCGCACGUGCGUGCCCAGGUCAUACGCAAGAAGGUGACCAAGGAGGGAGAGGUGCUGCCCUUCUAUCAGCAGGAGCUGCAUGUGGGCGCCGAUGGUGGCGAGGAUCGGCUGAUGUUCAUCUGGCCGACGACCAUUGUGCACAAGAUCGAUCGGAACAGUCCGCUCUACAUGCUCUCCGCCUCGGAUAUGCUCAAGGAGCGCUUCGAGGUUGUCGUCAUGCUGGAGGGCGUCAUUGAGUCCACGGGCAUGACCACGCAGGCGCGCAGCAGCUAUCUGCCCUCGGAGAUACUGUGGGGCCAUCGCUUCGUCAAUGUGGUGUCCUUCCGCAAGGAGACCGGCGAGUAUGAGGUCGACUAUACGCUGUUCAACAACACCUACGACGUGGACACGCCCCUGUGCAGCGCCAAACAGCUGGACGAGCUCAAGUCCGAGUGCACGCGCAGCGCCAAGAGCGGCAUAGUGCCAUUUGCGGAUCGGACGCUCUCCGCGGCCAGCAUGUUUCAGCGCAUUGCCUCGGCCGCUUCUGUGGACCAUCUGGAUCCGGCCAGCGAUGAGUCUUUGGACUCGGGCCGUUUGCAAAUACGCUCGCAUUCCAUACCGAACGGCGUCCUGGCCAGCGAACUGGAGCCGCUGAACAACAACAAUAACAACCACCACCACAGCCAGAGCCACGGUCACGGCCAUGGCAAGCAUGGCGCCUUGUUCACCAUGGGCGGCCACAAUAUAUCCAUAACGACCACGGCGCCGAGCAUACCCAACCUAACAAGUAUUAAUGAGAGAACCAACUCCGGUAAUUCCAUAAACAGCAGCAACUACAGCCACAGCAACAGUCUCAGCACACUGAACACGAUUGCUCCAUCCGCUGCACCAGCUGCUCCCGCUGCACCUGGCAACGGCAAUGGCAAUGGCAAUGGCAGCGCCCGUGCCAAGCAAUCGAAUCCGCGACGACUGAGCAUCAAGCAGGAUCAGCUGCCCAUCGAUUCCAUCUGCUGAUAUUCAAACCGAGCACAGCGAACCCAAACUGAUGUUGUAUUCUAAGUGUAGGCUCCUAGAAUUCUAAUUAGACUAUAUACAUACAUAUACACAUAUAGAUAGUUAGUUUAAGCAGAGGCCACUCAGAUGCGGCUCUCUUAGCUGUGACAUCCUAAAGAACCCCUAAAGAACCAGAUGCAGAUCCUUGAAACGUCUCUGGCUUGUAUUUUGUAAAACAUUAAUUGAUUUUAGUGUAUUUUCUGCGUUAGUGUUAGUUUUUAAUGAAUUUACUAUAUAAAUAAGCAUCAAAUUGAUAUUAUAAACAAAUACCAUGAACGAUAUAAUGAAACCAAAAUGCUGCAACUUCCUCGUAUGAGCGUAUAAACCCUAUACACUUAUCCUAGCUAAGUAUAUACAUAUAUGUAAAGCUCACAAAAAUGAUAUAGUGCAAAACAACAAGUUAUAUGAAUUUUAAAGCUACCUUAAACGAUAAUUGUUCAAUAUCUCAAUUACUCAAUGAUUAGUCAAAUAUAUAUGUACACUUAUUCAAAAAAAAAAAAUGCAGAUUGAGCUUUGAAUUGUUAUUAAAUACUGUGUGGACAAUAAAUGGAAUGAGCAUAUGUGAAUGUUAAUUGAUGUAUUUUAUCGACAUAUUAAGUGUCACAAAGAUUGUAAAAAUUAAAAGACCGAAAAUAUACCUGAAUGAAUUAUAUACACAAGAA